AUGCCACUGAUAAGGAGCAGGGUAGCGAUCCAAAAUCGCCACCUCACUGAGUCAAUCAUUCCGAUAUUUUGGGAGGAUUCUCAUGCAGUUCUGCACGAUGACACCUAUCACAUGAUUUGGCUUGGUUUCGUUUUCGUGCCUAAACUGGUCGAUAUUAUCAAGUACUCCUUUGCGGUGCUGGCGCUGGCGUUGUUCUUAUUCGUUGCGAUGCGACACCUGCGAAGGAGACGAGGCCAAGUGGCCAAUGCUCAGAAGAACAGCGACCUAAAGCUAAUAUCUACGAACACAAUAUCAAAAGCUAAUAUCGUAAAUAAACAAAAUCGAUGA